GCAGAGCGCGCGGCACCGUCCCGGAUUACCGACUCCUCUCUUUCUCUUUUUCUACCCAAACCCCCGCUGCUUUCUCUCCAUGACGCUGGGCUCCUCUCCGUGAUUUCUUCGCCAUGAGCUGCCUGGAUGUGAUGUACCAAGUGUUUGGUCCUCAGCCUUAUUUCAGCUCCUACAGCCCUUACCACCACCAGAAACUGGCCUUGUAUUCCAAAAUGCAAGAUCCCCAGGAGAGCAGCAGCAGGCAGCUGCCCCCCCCGGGGCCCCCGGGGCCCCCGGCCAUCAAAGAGGAGGACAAGGAUCUGCCGCCGGGCGCCGAGUACUUGGGCGCCCGCUGUGUUCUCUUCAGCUACUUCCAGGGAGACAUCAGCAGCGUGGUGGACGAGCACUUCAGCCGCGCCCUCAGCCAGACGGCCGCAUACCCGCCGCCCAGCAGCCACAAGGCCCUGAGAGAGGAGUUUUCCUCCCUCCUUCUGGAACAGCUCCUCCUCCCUUUCGGCGCCCCACCCGGACCUCUCCUUCCCGGGGGACCCCUACAGCACCCACCUGCCCCCGCCGCACCCCGCGCCCCCGCCCCCCCCCCCCCCCCCCCCCCCCCCCCCCACCCCCCGUCCUUUCGGGGGGGGGCCCUGGGCGCCCAGGGCUCCGCCUACCGCGCUCCACACGAGGUUUACGGCCCCGCCUUCGACCCGCGCUACGGAUCCCUGCUGCUGCCCUCCGUACGAACGCACCCCCGCCUGGCCCCGCCCGCCCGGGAGGCGCCGGGGGGGGCCGCCGGCGCGCCCUGCGACCCGGGACAGAAGGGGGAGGCGGGCGCCGUGGCCGUGCUCAAACGGCUCCAGUCUGACCUCUGA